AAUUCGGCAAUAAAAUGUCAGUUACAUUUUGAAAAUUGUUUGUUCAGUCCCUUCUGCAAAAAUCAUUAGAAAAUUAUGUAAUAAUUAAUUUCCGAAAUUGUUAGUGAUGUUUCCUCAAAAGUUAUCGUUACUUAACCGUCCAUUGUACACCAGAUUCUUCGUUUCAUCGAGAAGAUGUUUCAUUACAUUUGCUCCAUUAAGGGAAAAAGAAAAACCGAAAAUAACUAAAUUAGAAGAGGCCCAUCGAUUUAUAAUAGACUGCUUCGUGGCUGUGGGAACCACCGAAAAACAUGCUGAGAUAAUGGCCGAUAACUUAACAGAGGCUGAUUUGAGAGGACACUACAGUCAUGGAAUGAAUAGAUUAGAAAUGUAUUUAAACGAAAUUGAUAAAGGCCUAAUCGACGCCAACGCGAAGCCGCAGAUCGAAAAAGAAUCCCCAAGUACAGCUGUAGUCAAUGGAAAUAAUGGUUUGGGCGCUGUCAAUGGAAAUUACUGCAUGAAUCUCGCCAUAAAAAAAGCAUCCAAAACCGGAGCAGCAUUAGUCGUUUGCAGAAAUUCGAACCAUUACGGCAUCGCUGCAAUAUACUGCCUUAGGGCAAUUAGAAAAGGGUUCCUAGGGUUUUCUUGUACGAAUACAUCACCUUUAAUGGUACCCACUAGAGCCAAAAACGCUGCUCUAGGAACGAACCCAAUCGCUAUAGGCGUACCCGGCGAAGACAAAAGCGACUAUUUUCUUUUAGAUUUCGCUAGCACAAACGUUGCAAUCGGAAAGAUAGAGCUCAUGGGCAGGAAAGGCGGGAAAAUCCCCAAAGGUUGGGCGUUGAACGAACAGGGACAAGUCGAAACUGAUCCGCACAAAGCGUUCAAAGCGAGCAGAUUGCUGCCGUUGGGCGGCGAAGAGAAAGACGGCGGUUACAAAGGCUACGGUUUGGGAAUGCUGGUGGAAAUAUUCUGCGGCAUCUUAUCAGGCUCGGCCUACGGCCCGACGAUCCGCCCUUGGGGGAAUCCCACGGUCGUAGCGAACUUGGGGCAUUGUUUCCUCGUCGUGAAUCCCCGUAUGUUCACGCCCGGCGUGAAAAAACGCAUGAGCCAUCUAAUGAACUUAAUUCGAAAGAUGGAGCCUGCAGACCCGAAACGGCCGGUUAUGGUACACGGAGAUUUCGAAAGGGUUCACAUGAUGCAGGUGAGCAAGGACGGAGGCGUGAGGUACGUGAAAAACCAACACGAUGCUAAUAAAAAAUUAGCCGAAAGAUUAGACGUUGAACCGAUGCAGUCUUUUAUAAAAGACGGUAAAUGUUAAAGAACUCAUUGGAAACAUGGUUUAACAUUGUUAUAUUAA